UCCUUCCAAAUUGUGAGCCGCGCCGCCGCCGCCGCCGCCUAUCUCCCCGGGAAACGGCGAGAGCGCGGAGGAGGGCUCGGGGUGUCCCGUCUCCGGAGGCCCGGACCGAUGGAUCUUCUGAAGAGGGAGCUGGAGAAGAAGCGGAAGGCGGCGACGGCCGACUUCGGCGGGAAGAGCUUCGUGCGGCGGUCGGAGCUGGAGCAGAAGCAGCUCCAGAAGCGGCGCCACGAGGAGCACCGCCAGCUCCUCGCCAAGGCGCCGCCCGCGCCCUCCUCCGGCUCCGCCGCGGGUUCCGACCCCAACGCCGACCCCGCCCAAUCCUCCGCCCCGAACCCUAACCCUAGCUCGUCCUCCUCGUCCGGCGCCGCCGCGUCAGUCCCACCGGGCAUCGCCGGGAAGAAGCCCACGCAGGAUGAGGCGCUCCUCUCCGAGGAGCGCCGGAUCGACGAGCUCGACCUCCCGCGGCAUGAGGUGGUGCGGCGUCUCCGCAUCCUACGCGAGCCGGUCACGCUGUUCGGGGAGGACGACGCCGCGCGGCUCGCCCGCCUCAAGUUCGUGCUCAAGUCCGGCGUGAUCGAUGACAUUGACGACCUUGACAUGACGGAGGGGCAGACUAACGACUUCCUCCGUGACAUGGUCGAGCUCCGCAAGCGGCAGAAGGCCGGCCGGGACACAUAUGUCAAGGGCAAGGGCAAGCGAGCGGGUGGCGGUGAUGGUGGCGAGGGUGGCGCUGCCGGAGAUAAUGCUGAUGAUGGGGACGGGGACUCCCGGAGGAGUGGGGAUGAUGCUGAUGCAGACAAGGACUCAAAACGGAUGAAGACUAAGUUUGAGGAGCUGUGCGAUGAGGACAAAAUCUUGGUGUUCUUCAAGAAGCUACUCAUUGAGUGGAACCAGGAGCUUGAUGAGAUGGCAGAGCUGGAGAAGAGAACUGCAAAGGGAAAGUCGAUGGUUGCAACGUUCAAGCAGUGUGCUCGGUAUCUCAGCCCCCUGUUCGAGUUUUGCAGGAAGCAGGUUCUUCCUGAUGACAUCCGUCAAGCAUUGCUUGUUAUAGUUGAAUGCUGCAUGAAGCGUGAUUAUUUAGCAGCAAUGGACCAAUACAUCAAGCUGGCCAUUGGCAAUGCACCAUGGCCUAUUGGAGUUACUAUGGUUGGUAUCCACGAGCGUUCUGCCAGAGAAAAGAUUUAUACAAAUAGCGUGGCACACAUUAUGAACGAUGAGACCACUCGCAAGUAUCUUCAGUCAAUCAAGAGGCUUAUGACUCUUUGCCAGCGACGUUAUCCCGCCCUGCCCUCAAAAUCAGUGGAGUUCAACAGCCUGGCAAAUGGGAGUGACCUGCAUGCCCUUCUAUCGGAGGAGAAACAUUCAGGAAAUCCUCCCAGUGAGGAUAGGCUCCGGCUAAUGCCAGCAUCGAAAGAGUGAUGCUUCUGUGCACGAGCUUGAAUCAGAAAUAGAAUAUUUGAAAUCUGUGUAAUAUGUACGCAAGGUCCGCCUUGUUUCCAUUUUUGUUGUCAUGCAAAAAUCUGAGAAUCGUGUCUGCUAAUCAAAUUACUGAAGAAAGCUAUAUUGUAUGAUCCUCUGCUA